GUUUUGAGGACACGACAGUUGAAUGUAAAACUCCGACUGGAAAUUGCUAUGAAAUUAGAUCUAAUCUAGCACUAUACUUAUAGUUAUAUAUAGCACGACAAGAGACACUUACUUUUAACCUGUUAAAAAUAAUAUUAUAAUGGUCUACGAAGCCUUGUCUACAGAGAUGAUCUUACAUUUCAAGAUCUAUUCAUAUUUUUCACUUGGUAAAGCCUAAAAGCAGUGAAACAAACGGGCAGACUCUCUUGUGCAAUGUAGUGUAGCGUUUACAGAUCCUGAAUCUCUCGUUUAGAUCUCUAAACAAGUUAAAGACUUCUUAUAUUUUGAAAUUUGAAAUUGAAUGAGUGUCAAGACACCAUUCCAAAAGCAGUCAUUCAUUCCCCUGCCCAUUUGGCAUCCCAUGUUCGCCUGUUUGGAGAUACUGAUAGCAGUCUGAAAGUUCUCUCUAUGUAUUUCUUCAACGAGAAUGACAGAUUUAUUAGAACCAUGUGGAUGUCACGAAGGAAUGAAUUGUAUAGAAAAAUUACUGUGUGAGCGAAUUCCUCUGGCUGCUUUUUUAUUGGAGAUAGAUCUACUUAUAUUUAUGUAAACUGCCAGCAAGAUUUGCACGAGUUUCAGCCUUUGAGAGACAUAAUGUUUAACAAGACAGACGUUUGGGAUCCCUGCUUAAAGAUCAAAUGAGCAGUCCAAAAAAGAGUGAUGGUAUUAUUUUCAUGAUUGAAAUAUAUUUAAUACUCUUGGAGAAUUUCCCAACAACAAUGCCAGCACAGAGCGUUUCAGAGUUCUCCCUCACACAGCACGAUGCUGUCAAGUCUUGUAUUUCCAUAGCUACAGAGAGGUGGCUGAAGCUAAAGCAAAGGCUUUGGGCACAUACAUAUCCUGAGUCGAGGAAGGCACCUCAGGACACUGCAUCGUCACGUCAGUCAGUCCUGCUAUUUCUUGGUGGUUCACAGGUGAUUAGCAUAAUAAGAAAUUUCUUGACAUUGAGCAGUAAGGAAGAUACAGCUGUUACUAGUUUGCUAGAUGAAAUAGAAAAUAUAUGUUUGCCAAAGUUUAUGCUUUUGUAUGAGAGAUUCAAGUUUUUUACAUUAUCAGAUGCCAGUAAAGGUUGCCUUUGUGAAUUCGCUCAAGAUUUGAAGAGGCUUUCUGAAUCUUGUGAGUUCUAUGAGAUGACGGACUCCUAUAUUGACGCUAGGCUCAAAGAACUAAUUGUAAAAAAGAAUAGUAAGGUUGAUAGGAAAAAAAGAAAUAUAGACUUAAAUGUGGUAUGUCAGUCGAGCCCUGUAUGUAAAGCCGGUUGUGUCAGAGGUCAAGUUGUUGUGGCAAACAAAUCGUCCAAUGGACUCGCAGGUAAUUGCCCUGUCUCAGCAGCGGCAGAAAAGAAGUCGAGACCAAAAAUUAACACCUGCGCCACGGGUCAGCGAGUCAAGAGGCUGAUGACGAGAUGUCGCCGGACACCAAUGAGAACUGCCAAGGCCAAAGCUUUGCUGAAGUCUUUUGACUCGAAGGAAACGGACUCUGAUGAUGGCCACAAUGUCAGUGUUAGCUCGAUGGAAGAAAAUGAGAUGAAGAUAAAGGAUUCUAUUGUUACGGACGCUGGAGUGGGUAAUUUAACUAGUCCAGUGCCAAGAGUGUUUGUGAAUAUCUUAGCACGGCCAGGACCCACCAAUGCAUGUUGGGCAAAAGUCACAACUUCAUCAAAGGCCCGUGAGAGUGGGGAAGACGAGGGUAAUGUCAGUUCUACAGAUGAAGGUCAACAAACUUCAGACUGUGGUCAAGAAAUGAGGGGAGGGCAUGGCCCUGAUCCUGACUUGAGCAGUCCAGUUCCUCCUUCGAUUUCUUCAGAACUCGAGAACCCAAGCAAUACAAAUGGUACAUGCGUUAUUAAUGUGGACAAACCUGGAGCUCAAGUCUCGGCUAGUUUAUCUUUUACAAAUGUUGAACAAGACGUUGUGAAUGAAACAAUUUGUUCGCCUGGCAAUGAACAGACUGACAAGCUUCUUCAUAUCAGUGAAAAGCUGAAUGUUUCUAAUAAUAGUCGACUCAAAGUUUUCACAGUCCCUUCAACUUCAAAUCGCGGUGAAAAUAAGGAAAAGCAAAAUACAUUUAAUAUGAAAUUUGUACAUGUGACCAAUUCAUCUACCGAUUCGAAGGAUCCGGUGAAGAUUUCUGUCCGCUCAGAUCUUCUCGGAGUAAGCGACGUACCUAAACGGCAACCUGCGCUUUUCAGUUCUACAGUUCUGAAUGGAUCCUCCGCCCCAAACGGAACAACUAGAAUGCUCAAGUGUGACUUUUGCAGUACUCUGUGCGCCAACAAGAAAAUUCUCAAGGCCCACAUGCAGACCAAUCAUGGCAUUUCUGUGUCAGAUUCAGGCCUAUCUGAGAAUGAAGAGGAGACGACUGCAUCGACUUUGAGUGUAUUUCCCUUGACCUGUGGUCAGUGUGGGGAGAGGUUCAAGUACCAGUCCCAGUUGGACAUGCACGAGGAAGAGCAGCAUGGGAAGAACGCCUGCACCUGCAAAGUUUGCUCGGCACAGUUCUUGCACCUUCACGCCCUGGGCAGACAUUUUCUGAAGAUGCAUCUGACAGAAGUGUUUGUGGAUGGGGAAGAAAAAAUAAAGGAAGGGGACAGGUUUUGCUGUAAAGUUUGCUCCAAGUCGUUUCUUCAAGCUCAUAACCUGAAGCGUCACUUCCUGCGUGCUCACCUGGAUGUGGUAAUGCUCGGGGACCCGGGCGGAGUUUGCUCGGUGUGUGGCAAAACUUUCAAGUCCAGCAACUUGCUGGUGAGGCAUGAGGCUAUGCACUCACUGCAAAGGAUCCCUUGCAAUAUUUGUGGGGCAAAGUUCAUCAGCCAGAAAAAAUGUGAUCACCAUAAAGAGAUAAGGCACAGCGAGACAUCCUUACAGAAACCGUUUAUUUGUGAGGUGUGUGGGAAAGCGUUUCGCUUCCAGUGCUUGCUGAGGUACCACAGUAGAAAGCAUUGCUCUGAAAAGCCUUUCCAGUGCGGUGAGUGUUCAGAGUCUUUCAAAGAAAAGAAAACCCUGGAGCUUCAUGUAAAAGUUCAUCGCGGCGAUCCUCCCUUCAAGUGCCCCACGUGUCAAGAGGCUUUCAUCCACAAAGAGCCGUUCCUGAACCACACGAGAAAACAUAGCGGUGAGAAGCCUUUUGUUUGUUCGCAGUGCGGCAAAAGUUUCAGGAUACAGCCCGCUUUAUCAGCUCACAUGAAGACUCACGACGCAAAUCGACCUCGGCCCUACAAGUGUUCUCUGUGCGGCUACACCUGCGAACGGCGCUACUUCUUAGUGAAGCAUAGCCUCAAACACAGCGGCCUCAAGCCGUACAAGUGUCCUGUGUGCCACGCUGGGUUCACCGCUGCCUACGGGAGGAACAAACAUCUGAGGAGGACACACGGUGUCCUGAACCCAAAAGCUAUGAUGAUGUCAGGAGAGAUGAAAGGAACUGUUGGAGGUCAGUCUCCUCUUAAGCUUGCGGCCUCUGUUCGGGUGACGGAGGCUGAGGGUAACAAUACCACGGCUGAGGGUAACAAUACCGCCACCAGCAGCAGCGAUAGCACCAACAUCAGUGGCGGGUUCAACAGUUUUUCUGCAGCGCAACCAGUGAGUUCUUCUCAGGAAACCAACAUGGCUGUCUGUCAGGCCUUACGCACUCUGAGAAACGAAGCCCCGCCCCCUGAUCCAAUCCCAAUUUCUGGCCUAGCCCCUCCUCCUAUUGGCUCAGUCCCACCCAUUCGCACGGUCCCGCCCCCUGGCCCAGUCUCGACUGCUCCGCAGGUCAUACCGGUCUACCCCGGCAGUCACACGCUGGAGAGCCAAGCCUUCCAGCAGCCCGCGGUGUUGGUUCCGGCGCGGCGCGGAGAACCUGCUGUGACGGUCAUCCAGGAGUACCCCGGUGUGUCGGGGCAGCGUUGUGUGGGCUACAGCGACGCAGAGCCUCGGUCGGCCAGGUGGGACACCAACACUCAGCACAGCGACUUCUGGUGAUGUUCACUAUGUACACAGUGACUUCUGGUGAUGUUCACUAUGUACACAGUGACUUCUGGUGAUGUUCACUAUGUACACAGUGACUUCUGGUGAUGUUCACUAUGUACACAGUGACUUCUGGUGAUGUUCACUAUGUACACAGUGACUUCUGGUUAUGUUCACUAUGUACACAGUGACUUCUGGUGAUGUUCACUAUGUACACAGUGACUUCUGGUUAUGUUCACUAUGUACACAGUGACUUCUGGUGAUGUUGUAAAGUUGUAAGAUCUCCAGAAAGGUGAUGUAGGUUGAAGUCAUUUGUUACUUUCCUACAACUACACACAUCACACAGAUUUAUCGUCGAACAUGGCGUAGGCCUAGCCUGAAGCGCACUGUACCAGCAAGUGAAUAACACUUAAAGCAACCGAACAUGUAUGUAUGGCCUACGCAGUUAAGUAUGAACUCAAAACGAAGCGUGAGCAAGCAUCACGUGCCGGUGAACGACUUGUAGUAAUGCUACAAUGUUCACUACACAGUGUCAUGUGACGCUCACUACACUACAUUUGAUUUUCUCACCUCUUACAAGUUUGAUCAUCUCUAGUCUCUUUCUUUUUUGGCAGGAAAAUGAUGCAUAAGAUGUCAGACAUUCGUCGACCACUCCACUUCGUUUCUGUUUCUCUGUAUAUAUGCUAUUAUUUGAGGAUAUCAGGUCUAUUUUGAAACAUUGUCACUUGUCAAACAUGAUGUUGACUUCAAUUUUGUUACAAACAUUCUGAUCUUUGCUCCAUUAGCUCAGCUGGUACCAUGCUCAAUUAUUGUGCACGUGACUUUAGUUUCAAAAUUCAAGGAAGAUGUUCCUCUUCUUUAUUUAUUUGAGGAGUUUACGAGGCUCUCUCGUGUUUAAAUAACCUCAUACUGUUGAUGUACUCCUCCCAUAAGCUGCCAAAUGGUAUGUCAAAAGCAUAUAUAUACGUUUUUGAGGGUCUGAGUAGGGGGGGGGGGGAGUAUUCAUCUGUACAGUUGAUUGUCUUGGACAGGUGGCUGGCUGUAAGAGCAGGUUCAAAUGUAGGAUUUGGUCUACACUAAUGUUUUAAAGGGAAAUUGUUCUGAAGCUUUUCUCAACUUAAUUCUCAGAAAGUAUUCAGGUCUCGGCACCGUUAUGAUUGGGAUGAUAGAAUUUAAGAAUAAAGUGGGAAGGAAGUACAGUUGAAACUGCUAUAAUGGCCACCUGUUUUUAAGACAAAUCAUCUGUGCUAGUGAGCAAUUCACAUUUAAACCACCCCCCCGCCCUUGUGGUUUUUUUUUCACAUUAUGACUAUAAUGACCAUCAAUAAUAUCAAUAAUUUAUUUACAGUACAGAGGCACCAGCCAUCCAUGUCUAGGUACUGUUUUAGCCUAAUAUGAUUGUAAUGGCACUAUAUAAGAUAGCCACUUUUUUCUUUGACAAUGAGUGGCUGUCUUAAUAAGUUUUAGUUUAUAAGGUUUUUAGUUUGGUUCUUCAUCAUCACAAUCGAAAGAUGUCAGGUUGAUUUUCUUGAGGGGAAAUCUAUUUUACCAAAUAAGUUGAUCUUUUUGCUAGGAUUUUACUCCUGACCUUGUCUGGGUAUGAGUUGACAGGCAGGUUUGAAGCACCCUCACUAAAAUGAAAUUUGUAUCGGGGCUGAAUACUUUUACUAUCCCAAACCUUUUCUCUGAAAUUUAUGUUUGAUACCAAAAUACAAUUCAAAAUACAUGUAGCUUUUUUUUGUCAUCUGCUGUUGUCUCUGGUUUGAAGCAGCCAUCUUAAUUUUAAAAUAUUUUAAUUUGUCCUUUGGUCUUCAAUAUUAAUUACAUGUGUUUUUACAAUCUGAUAUGGAAAAAGAGAAAAGAACAUAACAAAUAACAAAACGAAAAA